UGGACAGAACCAUGGUGACAUGCAGCAGCGGAGGCUGCACUGAGCCGCUCUCUCUAAUUACCUCAUUUGAGCUCGUAUGCCGACAGAGAGAGAGAGCUCUCCGACAGAUACUUGCGUUUAUGUUUUAUGCGCGCUCAACUCUUAAGAAAUGCUGUGCACUCAGCCCUACAUAAGCUGCCGAGCUUGUCCCAAAUCACAGCCCUGCCUGCCGCCCAGCACAGGGGUAAUCAAAGUGUACAGUGAAGACAACACCAGCCGUGCGGUGGAGGUGCCCAGUGACAUCACUGCCCGGGACAUAUGCCAGCUGUUCAUCCUCAAGAACCACUGCAUUGACGACCACAGCUGGACCCUGUUUGAGCAGAUCCCGCACCUGAGUAUCGAGCGAACCAUUGAAGACCAUGAGUCGGUUAUGGAGGUUCAGUCAGGCUGGGGAAUGGACUCACAGUGUUGUCUGUACUUCAGGAAGAAUUAUGCCAAAUACGAGUUCUUCAAGAAGCCUCUUGAUUUUUUCCCAGAGCACAUGGUGUCUAUAUCCAGUGAAACCAAUGGAAUCAUGAACCACUCACAACUUAUACAGACCUUUCUCAGCUCCAGCUCUUGUCCUGAGAUUCACGGGUUCCUCCACGCCAAAGAGCACGGCAGGAAAUCAUGGAAGAAGUUCUACUUUGUGUUAAGAAGAUCGGGACUCUACUUCUCCAACAAGGGCACAUCAAAGGAACCCAGACACUUGCAGUUCAUUGCAGAGUUCAGUGACAGCGACGUCUACACGUUAUUAUCUGCCAAAAAAGUUUACGGCGCCCCGACAGACUACGGCUUCUGUGUGAAGGCAAGCAAGUUGAACUCAGCACGUGAUCUGAAACUGCUCUGUGCGGAUGAUGAGCAAACCAGGACGUGUUGGGUUACAGCCAUGCGCCUCUUCAAGUACGGCAUGCAGCUUUACCAGAACUUCGUCCAGCCCUAUCAGAAGCAGAAGAGUUCUCCAAUGAGGAGUAUCUCUGAGAACUCACUGGUGGCCAUGGACUUCUCAGGACACAAGAGUCGGGUGAUCGAGAACCCGUCCGAGGCGCUGUCAGUGGCUGUAGAGGAGGGUCUGUCGUGGAGGAGGAAAAGCUGUCACAGGCUGAGCUCUCAUGGUAGUCCGUCCACCUCUCAGAGCUCCAUGUCCAGCAUAGCUAUCCAUGUGGCUCAGCCGUGGUUUCACAGCAAACUGUCCCGGGACGAGGCUCACAAACUGAUCACUCAGCAGGGCCUCAUUGAUGGGGUGUUUCUGGUAAGGGACAGUCAAAGUAACCCGAGGACAUUUGUUCUGUCACUGUGCCAUACUCAGAAAAUCAAACACUUUCAGAUUGUACCGGUUGAAGACAACGGGGAGCUCUUCUACAGCCUGGACGACGGACACACGCGUUUCACCGACCUGCUGCAACUAGUGGAGUUCUACCAGCUGAACAGAGGCGUCCUGCCCUGCAAGCUCAAACAUCACUGUGCCCGUAUCACCCUCUGAACCGCAGCCUGUGCCUUGGACAGGGAACCGCUUCACUGUCCGCUCCCUGAUGAGCACUAGGGUCUGAACUCUUCCGUACGGUCGAGCAUCACUAAAGAGCCUGGACUCCCGAGGACCCUGGUAUUCAGCGAGGGAUGAUCGUCUGUGGUGCGCAAAUGUAGAUGGGAAUGUAUAACGCACUCUGUCCUGAUACAAACACUCUCGGUGUGGAUGAGAUCACCUUAUUAAGCUAUCGAUCAAAGCUAAGGUUUAGCGGCAGACCAGCUGGGUCUCUGAAUGGUGUGAACAAACUAAAGCCGGGUGCACGUGCUACGAUUUUUCAUGUCGAUUGCCAUCUAAUCUAAUCUCGGGUAAAACACUUCUUUUAACUUGAAUAAGGUACAAUUUUUCCCCCUUUCAGCAAAUUUAAUAAUAUUAAUAAUAAUGGUGAUGUAACAAGUUUUUUAAUUAUAGAAAAAGUACAAAAUUUAGUUUAAUCCAAAUUUUUUGACAAACCUUUUAUUUUAAUAAUAAUAUUAUUAUGU